UAUCGGAGCGGAUUUGAUGGUGUGGAUGAUACAGAAUUGGACGGACUUUUUCACCGGGAUAUUCAGCAGCAUGACCGGAAGCCUGGCCUGAAGCCUUUAGCCAUGUCACAGCCCCACUGGAAAAAACCAUUGGUGAUGCCAGGCCAGCAGUUCAGAAUGGAGUUAUGAUGGAAUGGAUGUGAAGAUGGGCCAGUGGGCAGGCAUGCGAGCCCCUCUCCUAGGCCUGGCCCUGCUGCUGCCAUUGCUGUUUUUAAAGCCACCACCCUGCUACGGCCAAAAUACCCAGGGAGCUCCUCAGGAUGGAUUUCACUUUGGCUUCACUCAGUCUGUCUACCAUGCUACAGUUUAUGAAAACUCAGCAGCACGCACCUAUGCCAACAGUAAAAUUAAAAUGGGAAUUCACCUGGCCCAGCGCUCCUGGGAAAUCCGCUACAGAAUCACCUCAGGUGAUGAUGAAGGGUUUUUCAAGGCAGAGGAGUUUGUGCUCGGUGACUUCUGCUUCUUGCGCAUCAGGACUAAGGGUGGUAAUGCAGCCAUCUUGAAUCGAGAGAUCCAGGAUAAUUAUGUAUUGACAGUGAAAGCCUCUGUCAAGGGAGAGGCCCUCCUUGAGACCUGGACCAAAGUCAGCAUUCAGGUCUUGGAUAUGAAUGACCUCCGGCCCUUGUUCUCACCCACCACAUACUCCGUCACCAUAGCGGAGAGCACCCCUCUCAGGACUAGCAUAGCACAAGUUACAGCCACAGAUGCAGAUAUUGGCUCCAAUGGAGAGUUUUACUAUUUUUUUAAGGAGAAAAUGGAGCUUUUUGCUGUACACCCAACUAGCGGAGUGGUUUCUCUGAGUGGAAAGCUUAAUGUUGAUGAGCAGAACCGGUAUGACUUAGAAAUUCUGGCAGUGGACCGUGGCAUGAAACUCUAUGGAAAUAAUGGGGUCAGCAGCACAGCAAAGCUUUUUGUCCAUGUAGAGCGUGUGAAUGACCAUGCCCCAGUAAUGAAUGUAGUCACCCACACCCCCUCAUAUCUGGAUAAAAACCCUGUGUGUGCCAUGGUCACUGUUGAGGAUCAAGAUGAAGGCUUAAAUGGAGAAAUAGAUUCAGUGGUCAUUGUGGGUGGAGACCCCUCAGAGAAGUUUUUUGUGGAGAGAUCCGAAGAAGGCACAUUUGCCAUUAAAGCUUCUGAGUCAGUAAAUUGGGAGACUUACCCUUAUGGCUGUAACCUCACCUUGCAGGCCAAAGACAGGGGAACCCCACCAAAGUUCUCUGGUGUCAAGGUUGUUCACAUAAUGGUUAAGAAAAGGCAAACAGCAGAAACUAAGUUUGAGCAGGAGUUUUAUGAUAUCAGUGUCAAUGAAAUUUCUCCACCAGGCACAAUUUUAGAGGCUGUUAAAAUCAGGCCAGAACCAGAUGAUGCAGAAUAUAUCCUGACACCCUCCACAGAUUCAGCUUUUUUUCAAAUGAACACCCUAACAGGCGUAAUCUCCACCACUCACUGGUUCACUCAGGUGUCCCAGGAUGUCUUUAAUCUUGAGGUACUGGAAAUAGAUUGUGAUCUCAAAGUUAAAGUACGGAUAACCAUCAAGGAUGCAAAUGAUAAGACACCAACAUUUGCUCAAUCUUCUUAUGAAGUGUUUGUCAAUGAAAGUAUAUCAGUUGGGACCAAUGUAUUAACAGUUUCUGCAGUCGAUGAAGAUAAAGGUGAAAAUGGAUACAUAACUUACAGCAUUUCCAGCCUGCAGCCAUUACCCUUCAAAAUCAAUCAGUUUUCUGGUGUCAUCAGCACAACUAAAGAGUUGGAUUUUGAAUCCUCACCUGAGAGUUUUGUGUUUGUUGUCAGAGCAUCUGACUGGGGGUCACCAUAUAGGCGAGAGAGUGAAGUCAAUGUAACAAUCCAUCUGGAAAAUGUAAAUGACAACCAGCCAUUGUUUGAGAAGAUAGCAUGCCAAGGGGUGAUUUCUGGGGAUUUCCCAGUAGAUGAAGUGAUUACAACAAUGUCUGCGAUUGAUAUAGAUGAAUUAGAGUUAGUGAAAUAUAAGAUAAUUUCAGGGAAUGAGCAAGGGUAUUUUGAUCUCAACCCGGAUUCAGGGAUCCUUGCACUGCAACAUUCCCUUGCCACAACCAAUCCAAAGAACAAUGUUUUUAGCUUAAAAAUAACUGCCACAGAUGGUGAAAACUUUUCAGAUCCUAUGUUUGUUAAUAUUUCAGUUGUUCAUGGAAAAUCUCCUCCCAAACGACUAACCUGUGAAGAAACAAGGGUGGCCCAAAAAUUAGCUGAGAAGUUACUUAAAAAAUCCAAAGCUAGCAUCAAACCUAAAAUUGAGGAAGGUUUUAUUGACCUUUUCUCUGUCAAUCGACAAACACCCCAAUUUGACAAAACCUUUCCCACAGAUAUUGCUGUGCUGGAAGACCUAAAGGUUGGCUCAAGUGUUUUCAAGGUUAAUGCCUAUGAUGGAGAUACAGGAUUCAAUGGUCAGAUUCUAUACUCUAUUUCAGAUGGAAACACUGACAACUGUUUCACUAUUGACAUGCACACUGGCCUUAUCAGUGUCUUCCUGCCGAUGGACAGAGAAAAAAGGGAUCGUUAUCUCCUCAACCUAACUAUCUACGACCUUGGCCUUCCACAGAAAACUGCAUGGCGUUUGCUUACUGUCUACAUAGAGGAUGGAAAUGAUAAUGCACCCCACUUUUUGCAAGAAGGAGGCUAUAAAAUCGUCAUACCUGAAAACACUGCCAUAGGUACAGAUAUCAUCCAGGUUGCAGCCACUGACAAAGAUCUUGGACCCAAUGGGAAGAUUGUGUACUCUCUUUUGACAAGCACCACCCAGUUUGGCAUCAACUCCACUAAUGGGAUAGUGUAUGUUGCCGGCCAACUCGACAGGGAGUUUGUUUCUACUUUUUAUCUGAAGAUCGAGGCUCGGGAUAAAGGAGAGAAAGGGAACCAGAAGUUUUCUGUUACCACUUUGAAAAUCAUCUUGGAGGAUGUAAAUGACUGUCCUCCACUAUUUAUCCCCAGUGUAUACAAAGCAAGGGCUUUGGAGGAUCUUCCAGUAGGAACAGUUGUGGCCUGGUUAGAAACCCAGGACCCAGAUACGGGAUUAGGAGGCCAAGUCCGGUACUCUCUAGCCAAUGACUACAGUGGAUGGUUUGAGGUUGACAGGGCCAGUGGAGCCAUUCGGCUCACAAAGGAGCUGGACUACGAGACCCAGCAGUUCUACAACCUCACUGUGAAGGCCAAAGACAAGGGAAGACCUGUUUCUCUUCUCUCUGUCACCUUUGUGGAGGUGGAGGUGGUAGAUGUGAAUGAAAACCUCUAUGCUCCAUACUUUUCCCACUUUGCCUUGACAGGAGUAGUUAAAGAAAAUGCCCGGAUUGGAACUACCGUACUCCAAGUCACUGCAAAUGAUGACGAUGCUGGCAGAGAUGGAGAAAUUCAGUAUUCUAUUCACGAUGGAAGUGGGCUUGGACGAUUUGCCAUUGACGAAGAGACUGGGUUGAUCUACACCACAGAUAUUCUGGACCGGGAGACCAAAGACUCCUAUUGGCUAACGGUGUAUGCCAGCGACCAUGGUGUGGUUCCUCAGUUCACCACUAUUGAGGUGUUCAUACAGGUGGAGGAUGUCAAUGACAAUGCCCCACUGACCUCUGAGCCGCUGUACCGGCCUUCAGUGCCUGAGAAUUCUCCACGAGAUGUUUCUGUGAUCCAGAUCCAGGCCCAGGACCCUGAUGCCACACCCACAGGCACAGCUGAUAGACUCAACUAUCGCAUUAUUAGUGGAAACCCACAGAAUUUCUUCACCAUUAACGCUCGCACUGGUCUGAUCACUACAACCUCCCGGAAACUGGACCGUGAACAACAAACAGAACAUGUCUUAGAGGUGCUGGUAUCAGAUGGUGGUCCUAAUCCCAGACAGAGUACGGUGUGGGUGAUGAUUCAGGUCCUGGAUGAAAACGACAACAAGCCAACAUUUCCUGAGAAGGUCUAUCAGGUCAAACUGCCAGAGAGAGAGCGUAGAAAGAAGGGCGAGCCCAUCUAUCGGGUAUUUGCAUACGACAGAGAUGAUGGGCCCAACAGUGACCUUUCUUACAGCAUUGUGGAUGGCAACGAGGAUGGCAAAUUUUUCAUUGACCCCAAGACAGCAGUAGUAUCAUCACGCAAGGCCUUCACUGCAGGGAGCUACGACAUCCUGACCAUCAAAGCAACGGAUAAUGGCCGUCCUCAGAAGUCCUCCACAGCUCGUCUGCACAUCGAGUGGAUCCGUCGACCGCCUCCAUCAACUCUCCCACUGAUGUUCGAAGAGCCGUUCUACAAUUUUACUGUCAUGGAGAACGACAAAGUGGCUGAGAUUGUAGGUGUGGUGUCCCUGCAGCAGAGUUCCGUCCCCUUAUGGUUUGACAUCACAGGUGGGAACAGCGACAGUGUGUUUGAUGUAGAGAAAGCUGUGGGGACCAUCAUCAUUGCCAAGCCUCUGGAUGCUGAACAGCGCUCCUUCUACAAUCUCACAGUGCAGGCCACAGACGGCACCAACACUGCAAAUACACAGGUUCACAUUACUGUUAUGGACAACAACGACAACGAUCCAGUCUUCUCCCAACCAACCUAUGAUGUCACUAUUUCUGAAGAUACACCACCUGACACUGAGGUGGUCCAAGUUCUGGCAUCAGACCGUGAUGAGCAUCAUCGACUGACGUACUCUCUGCAGAACUCCAUAGACCCCAACAGCAUGCGUCUGUUUCGCAUCCAUCCCACCCUGGGCACCAUCUACACUGCUCAGAGGCUGGACCACGAGGCCUGUGCUCAACAUAUUUUCACAGUCAUUGUGAAGGAUCAAGAGUUUCCAUACAGAAAAAAUCUGGCUCGUGUACUCGUGGAAGUGGAAGAUAUAAAUGACCAUGUACCCAUUUUUACCAGUGCUCUGUAUGAAGGCUCAGUCUAUGAGUCAGCAGCAGUGGGAUCAGCUGUAGUCCAGGUUACUGCCCUGGACAAAGACAAAGGCGAGAACGCAGAGCUACACUACUCAAUUGAAGCAGGGAACACUGGAAAUGCAUUCCAUAUGGAGCCAGUUUUGGGUAUUAUUACUGUUGCACGUGACUUGGACUUGUCCAGCAUAGGUCACUAUGUUCUCACUGUCAGAGUCACUGACAAUGGCUCCCCUCCUCUGUCCACUACCACAGUAGUGCGUAUUGCAGUCACUCUCUCUGAUAAUGCUGGUCCAAAAUUCCCUCAGCCGGAGUACCAGACGGAGAUCACAGAGAAUUUAAUGAUUGGGACCUCUGUCACCACCAUCAGUGCUGUCAGCCAGUCCACCCUCACUUAUGACAUCAAGCAGGGAAAUACAGAUCGCGUUUUUCAGAUAAAUCAAUAUAGUGGCGUGAUUACUACACAAAAGAUUCUAGACUAUGAGACCACAGCAUCUUACACCCUGAUAGUCCAAGCUACUAAUAUGGCUGGCAUGGCCUCAAAUGCUACUCUAGUAAUCCAGAUAGUUGAUGAGAAUGACAACCCACCGGUGUUCCAGCAGCUUCACUAUCAUGGGAGCAUCAGUGAGGUAGCACCAGUCAACAGUGUGGUCUUGAACUCAGAUGACUCACCUCUCGUAAUCAAGGCCAGUGAUGCUGAUCGCAACCAAAAUGCGCUGUUGGUUUACCAGAUUGUUGAGGACACUGCAAAAAUGUUCUUCACAGUGGACUCAGGAACUGGCUCCAUCAGAACAAUUGCUAAUUUAGACCAUGAGACAUUUGCCACAUUCCGCUUCCAUGUUCAUGUGAGAGACAAUGGCAGGCCACAGCUGACAGCAGACAGUCCAACUGAGGUCACGAUACAAGUGAUUGACACCAAUGAUUCGCCACCUCGCUUCACCCAGAAUGCCUACGAAACAGUCCUGCUACUCCCCACCUAUGUUGGAGUAGAAGCUUUGCAGGUUUCAGCCAUAGACCCUGACAAAGAUGUCCCUACAGAGCUCACAUAUUCACUGACUGAUGGAGUACUAGAGCACUUUGCCAUCAAACCUUCCAGUGGAAUUCUUAUCGUCAAAAACACAAACUUUUUUAAAGAGCGUUUCCGCUUCAGUGUCAAAGUUUCAGAUGGGAAAUUCUCCAGCACGGCUUUGGUGACUAUAAUUGUCAGAGAAGCCCUGGACUCUGGUCUCAGCUUCACCCAUAGCAUUUACUCUUCAUCUAUUGAAGAGAAUGUAUCAAAUAUCACCAAAGUUGCUGUGGUCAGUGCUGUGGGAAACCGUCUCAAUGAACCAUUAAAGUAUACCUUGUUGAAUGCUGGUACACGUUUCAGAAUUCGUUCGACAUCUGGUGUUAUCCAAACCACGGGUAUACCCUUUGACCGUGAAGAGCAAGAGUUCUAUGAACUGGUUGUCGAGGCAAGAAGGGAGCACGACCGCUUGCACGUGGCCAGAGUUAUGGUUAGAGUCCAAGUUGAGGACAUAAACGAUAAUGCCCCUGUGUUUGUUGGACUUCCUUAUUAUGCAGCUGUUCAAGUAGAAGCUGAACCUGGAUCACCCAUUUUCAAGGUCAUGGCAGUAGAUGGUGACAAAGGGAUUAACGGAGAGGUGUCUUACUAUCUCAAGGAUGACCAUGGGCACUUUGAGAUCAAUCGGCAGACAGGUAUACUUAGCCUCAAGAGAUCUUUUGAGUCGGAUUUGUCCAAUGUGGAGUACCAAAUUGCGAUAUAUGCUAGAGAUAGUGGUUAUCCACCCCUCUCAUCUACUAUAGAGUUUCCCAUUACUGUUGUCAACAAAGCCAUGCCUGUCUAUGACAAAUCAUUUUAUUCUGUUUCUGUAAAUGAGGAUGUGGCUGUGCACACACCUAUCCUUGGCAUCAAUGCUACUAGUCCUGAAGGUCAAAACAUCAUCUACACUAUUGUUGAUGGAGAUCCAUAUCUUCAGUUUGACAUUGGUUUUGAUACUGGAGUGAUAAGUGUUAUCCACUCUUUGGACUAUGAAGUAGCAGCAUCUUACCACCUGACCAUCAGAGCCACAGACUGUCUAACUGGUGCCCAUGCUGAGGUUGAUGUAGAUGUCUAUGUCCAGGAUGUAAACGAUAACUCACCUAUCUUCCAGAAAAUGUCCUAUAGGGUAGUUUUGUCUGAAACAGCAAUGAUUGGAACUCCAGCACUUCAAGUUAUUGCUAUAGACAAAGACUCAGAGAAGAACAAUGUUGUACGCUAUCAGAUCUUCUCAGAUGUCCAUAAUAGUACAGAUUACUUUCACAUAGAUAGUAGCAGUGGAUUAAUUUUGACAGCACGUAUGCUAGACCAUGAACUAGUCCAGAAGUAUGACUUCAUUGUCAGGGCCACUGAUAAUGGUUUCCCACCACUUAGUAGUGAAGUGUUGGUGACUGUCAUGUUAAAUGACAUGAAUGACAAUCCUCCUGUUUUCAACCAGUUGCUCUAUGAGGCAUACGUGAAUGAGUUAGCACCAAAGGGUCACUUUAUAACCUGUGUCCAGGCCUCAGAUGCUGACAGCUCAGAUUUCGACAAAUUGGAGUACAGUAUUUUGUCAGGAAAUGAAAAGAUGAAUUUUGUAAUGGACAAAAAAACGGGGAUCAUCACAUUGUCUAGCCACCGUAAGCAAAGAAUGGAGUCUGCCUACAGCCUCAAUGUUUCAGUGUCUGAUGGAGUGUUUACUAGCACUGCACAGGUUCAUGUUAAGGUGUUGGAGGCCAACCUGCAUAAUCCAGUGUUUGGACAGAAUAUGUACGAAGCAGAGUUAAGAGAGAAUGCUGCUGUGGGAACCAAAGUUAUACAGGUGAAGGCAACAGAUGCAGACCCUGGAAUGUUUGGUCACAUCACUUAUUCAUUUGUCAAUGAUAUGGGCAAGGAUCAAUUUAGCAUUGAUGCAAGUGGUCAGAUUUGCACUGUAGAAAAGUUUGAUCGUGAAGAUCCAGCUAAUAAAGACAUUGUUCUUACAGUUGCAGCCCAGGAUUUAGGUGGCCGUGUCUCUUACUGUACAGUACAGGUUACUUUGUUAGACGAUAAUGAUAAUGCACCUUACUUUCGUGCCACAGAGUACCGUGCUUCAGUCAAGUCUGAUGUAGCUAAAGGUUUUUUGGUGACACAGAUUCAGGCUCAUGAUCCUGAUGAUGGCACUAACGCCAAAGUGACAUACUCACUUUACAGUGAGGCACACGUCCCUGUGGUAGAUAUUUUGGAGAUAGACCCAGACAAUGGUUGGAUGGUAACUAAAGGCAGUUUCAGUCACUUGAGGAACUCUGUGUUGUCUUUUUUUGUGAAGGCUGUGGAUGGAGGAAAUCCAGUCCGACAUUCUCUAGUGUCUGUUUACAUCCAUGUUCUUUCCCCAGAUGCCUUUAUUCCUUCCUUCAGUCAACAUCAUUACUUAUUUAGUGUCCCAGAGAACACCCCCAUAGGGUCAGCCAUAGGGAGGGUACACCUCAACAACCCUCUUGGAUAUACCUCCGUCUCUGCUACCUUUGCCCUGGUUAAUGGAGAAAAUGGUGAAAAUAACCAAGAUGGGGUGUUUGUGGUGGAAAAGGAUACAGGUGUAAUCAAACUUGAUAAGGCCUUGGAUCACGAGGUGAUCAAAGGAUACUACUUCAAGGUCACUGCCACAGCACAACAGGCUAAGCUGGAUUCUGUGUCCUCUGUCGAUACUGAAAUCAAAGUAUUGGAUCUAAAUGAUAAUAAACCAGCAUUUCAGGCCAACUCCUACAUUACCACCAUUAUGGAGGGAAUAUCAGUUGGAACCAGAAUCAUUCAAGUCCAAGCACUAGACGCAGACUCAGGGGCAAAUGGCCAGGUAACAUACAGACUCGGUACAUUAAUCCAGUCAGAAGGGGAUUCAGACACGUUAUUUGACACCUUUAGCAUUGACAGCAACACAGGCUGGAUCUCCACACGCAAGGACCUGGACCAUGAGACCAAUCCAUCCUAUACAUUCACAGUGGUGGCGUCAGACCUUGGGGAGACCCUGCCUCUUUCCAGUACCUCCAGUGUGACAGUGGCAGUGUCAGACAUUAAUGACAACCCACCCAGGUUCAUGGAGAACUACUGCUUCGGUUCAGUUCAGGAGAGUGACCCCCCAGGCGAGGUGGUAGCUCUGUUGAUCACGAAAGAUGAUGACAGCUCUCCCGUUAACCGACAAGUCAGCUAUCACAUCACUGGUGGGAACUAUCGUGGCGUCUUUGCACUCGGUCUGGUUCAGGGUGAAUGGAAGAUGUAUGUGAAAGGACAGCUGGACAGGGAGGAACGCAACCUCUACAUCAUCAACAUUACUGCUAGCGAUGGACUCUUUGUUUCCCAGGCAAUGGUAGAGGUGACAGUAAUGGACACCAAUGACAACAGUCCUAUUUGUGACCAGGCUGUGUACACUGCUUACGUCCCAGAGGACCUCCCAGUCAACAGUGUGCUGCUGAGGAUUGGAGCUACAGAUGCAGAUGUAGGCAUCAGUGCUUGGAUCCAGUAUUCCCUACAUGGUCCUGGAUCCCAGGACUUCAGCAUGGAUCCAGACACUGGUGAGAUCAAGUCAUCUGUCAUUCUGGACCGUGAGGUGACACACAAUUACAGACUGGUUGCCCAGGCAACUGAUGGUGGUGGACUGUGGUGCCGCGCUGAGGUGCAGCUGGCAGUGACUGAUGUGAAUGACAACCCGCCCAUUUUCACCCUGUCACAGUAUACCACCAGUGUCUAUGAAGACACAGUCACCAAAGCCCUGCUUACCCGGAUCCAGGCCAUAGACCCUGAUGAAGGUCCAGGUCGUAUGGUGGUUUACUCCCUGGCUGACUCUGCGGGAGGUUUUUUCUCCAUUGACAAGGCCUCAGGCAUUGUGGCCCUGGAACGCAUUCUUGACCGUGAAGUCCAGUCGGCUUAUCAGUUAACAGUCUGUGCGUCUGAUCAGGGAUCACCGCUGCCCUUCUACUCAUUGGUCAAUGUCACAAUCACUGUGCUGGACAUCAAUGACAAUCCCCCUGUGUUUGAACGGCGUGAUCAGCUGGCGACAGUACCUGAGGAUGUGGGAGUUGGAACUGAGGUUCUGAGAGUUUACGCUGCCAGUAAAGACAUUGGGACCAAUGCUGAGAUCACUUACAGUAUCCGAUCAGGAAACGAGCACGGAAAGUUUCACAUCCACCCACUGACAGGUGCCAUUUUAGUUGCCCUGCCUCUGGACUAUGAAACCUGCAGGGACUACUUUCUGACAGUGGAGGCUCGCGAUGGCGGCACACCACCUCUGAGUGCCAUUACCACAGUCAACAUAAACCUAACAGAUGUCAACGACAACGUACCCAUGUUUAGCCGUGACCUCUACUCUGCAGUGGUGUCAGAGGAUGCCACUAUAGGAGAGUCUGUAGUCCAGCUUCAAGCAGAGGAUGUGGACAGUCAGCAGAAUGGAGCCAUCCUCUACUCUAUUGUCAGUGGAGACAGACACAACCAGUUCUUCAUUGACCCACUCAGUGGGGUCAUCAAAGUCAACAAGCAACUGGACCGUGAGACAGUUCCCAGCUACACAUUGGCCAUCAGAGCUCUGGACGGUGGAAUCCCACCCAUGUCCUCCACCGUAAUGGCCAACAUAGACAUCUCUGACAUCAAUGAUAACCCACCCACCUUCUCCCCAGCCAAUCUCACUACUGUUAUUCAGGAAAACAAACCAAUUGGCACCAGCAUCCUGCAGUUUUCAGUCAUCGAUCAAGACUCCUCCCACAACGGCCCGCCGUUUGACUUCCAUAUCCUUUCGGGAAACGAAGGCGGGGAGUUUGUGCUAGAGAAAGAUGGAACACUAGUGGCCAAUCAAGUGUUCAGACGGGACCUGGCAACUGAAUAUGUUGUUCAGAUACAGGUUACAGAUUCGGGGAAGCCUCGUAUGUCUUCCUCCUCCGUGCUGACGGUCAGGGUGAUUGAGGAGAGCCUCCAUCGGCCAGUGGCAUUGCCCCUGGAAGUUCAUAUUGUCACUAUGGAGGACGAAUUUCCUGGUGGUGUGAUUGGUCAACUGCAUGCCACUGAUGCUGAUCCUUAUGAUGCACUGACCUUUGGCCAUGCCCCCCCAGCCCAGCGCAGUCUAUUUAAGAUCAGUCCUCGUGAUGGAAAGAUCAUUGCCCUGGGUGGGUUGGACGCAGGCAGGUAUUCUCUCAACGCCAGUGUUAGUGAUGGCCGCUUCGCUGUACCUGUGCCUGUGAGCGUGCACGUGGAGCAGGCGACACCAGAGAUGUUGCGUGAGGCAGUGACAGUGCGCUUUGAGAGUGUGGCACCACAAGACUUUGUUGCAGUGCACCUGAAGAGCGUGUUAAAGGUGUUGCAGCAGGCUGCCGCAUCACAACAGCAGGACACACUGCACCUGCUCAGUCUGCAGCCUGUUGGUGGGACACAACAACUGGAUAUGCUUGUCACUGUGGAAACAGCGGGGGGCGGAUACUACAAGGCAGCCUACCUUACCCAGAAACUCAGUGCAUCACGACGGCAGCUGGAGGAGGUGCUCAGAGUGUCAGCUAUCCUUGAUAAGAACUGCUCUGGCUUAGAGUGUCGCGGGGCACAGUGUGAACAGAGCAUUAUUCUGGAUUCACAUAAUCUGGCUACAUACAGCACACCACGGGUCAGCUUUGUCUCACCUCGCUUCCACAGGACUUCACACUGUACUUGCAGUGAUGCCAGCUGUGCUGUCCUGUCAGAACAGUGUGAGGACCAGCCGUGUCCAGCAGACAUGCAAUGUGUAUCAGUGGAGGCUACCAGAGAGCGCUAUGCCUGCCAGUGUCCACCAGGCAAACUGGGAGAGUGUGCAGGUCAUUCGUCUCUGAGUUUCUCAGGUAACAGCUACAUCAAGUACAGACUGUCUGACCGGCUGCAGACGGAGAUGAAACUCAGUCUAAGAAUCAGAACCCUGCAGAGCCGAGGAAUCAUCAUGUACACACACACUGAGCCCUGCACAAUGCUUAAGCUAGAGGAGGGGAAACUGUGGUUCCAGAUGGCCUGUGGUCUAGGUGGAGCUGGAGGUGGAAGUGGUGACAGUCACGACAUUUUGGGAAUCUCUAGUCGUCGUAUCAAUGAUGGAAGCUGGCACACAGUGGUCCUGGAGCUGAAUCACAACUUUAUUAGCCUGGCACUGGAUGACAGCUACGUUGAGCAACGCCGUGGAUCAUCAUUUGUACAACCUCUCGCUCCAGACCAAACCAUCUACUUUGGAGCACUGGUGCAGCCUCCCAACUCUCGCAGCCUCAUGGGCUCUCAGAAAGACCCGCGGGUGCUUGAAGGUUUCCAAGGAUGCCUGGACUCAGUCAUGCUGAACAACAAUGAGCUGCCCCUGCAGAACAAACGUUCACAAUAUGCAGAAGUGGUGGGACUGACAGAGUUAAAGCUGGGAUGCAUCCUCUAUCCUGAUGCCUGCUUGCAGCAGCCUUGCCGCAAUGGAGCCACUUGCACCAGUCUUCCCUCUGGUGGGUUCUCAUGCAACUGUAACCCCCAGUACACAGGAGGGAACUGUGAAAUGGAGAUAACAGCGUGUGUUCCCAACCCUUGUCAGAACGGUGGUGUGUGCAAACCCAUCGGCAACGCCUUUCUCUGCAGCUGCAGGAGAGGCUUCAGGGGUCUGACUUGUGAGGAAGAUGUGAACGAAUGUGACCGCAACAAUCCAGAGGGUGAGUGUGAGAAUGGUGGCACCUGCGUCAACACUCACGGUUCCUUCUACUGUAACUGCACGGCAGGCUUUGUCGGCCAGCGGUGCAGCCUUCGGCCAGUCGUCGUCCCAGACAUGCAAGCUGGCCAUGCUGUGGUUGGCAAGGAAGAACUGAUUGGCAUUGCUGUGGUGCUGUUUGUCAUCAUUACCCUCAUCAUCCUUUUCAUCGCAUUCCGCAAGAAGGUUUUCCAGAAGAACUACUCACGGAACAACCUAUCUCUGGUCCAGGACCCGGCCACUGCAGCACUCCUCAACAAGGCCAAUGGUGUGCAGUUUAAGACCUUACACUGCACAUCAGGAGACCCUCUCAACCUUUACUCAGAGACAGGUAUUGGGACCACCAUGGUUGGAGGGGGUGGAAUGAUGGGACCUCCACAAGUCCCUGUGAGGCCAAUGGCAUACACACCUUGUUUCCAAGGAGAUCCACGGUCCACACUGGAGAAGAUGGCAGAUGGACGCAGUGUGGAACAUACAGAGAUGAGUACUUUUCACCCAGAGUCACCAAGAAUCCUGUCAGGAACCACCAGGAGAGGGGUGGUGGUGUGCAGUGUUGCCCCCAACCUUCCACCAGUGUCACCUUGUCGCUCAGACUGUGACUCCAUACGCAAGAGCCCAUGGGACAGUGAUGAGGGUAAGAUGGUUGACCUGGCAGAAGAAGUAACGUGUUUUUCUGGGAGCAACAAAGGCAGUAACUCAGAGGUCCAGUCACUGAGCUCCUUCCAGUCUGACUCCUGUGAUGACAAUGCAUAUCACUGGGACACAUCAGACUGGAUGCCGAGCACAAGGCUGUCAGACAUUGAAGAAGUGCCAGGCUUUGAGGUAGGUCCUGGCAGUGAGGUAGCAGGCUCAGCCCCUCAUCUUGUAGGAAGCACCCGAGAACUGGAGUCAGACUACUACCUGGGGGGCUAUGACAUCGACAGCGAUUACCCUCCUCCCCACGAAGAGGAGUUCUUGAGCCAAGACCAGCUACCACCUCCGCUGCCAUCAGGCGAGGAUUAUCCUGAGCCCUACACACCUCUCCCUGCUAAUCCACCAGCCUCCAAAGAAAGCACACUGAGCUCUGGCAGCACCGGACAUCAGCAUACCAGACCACACUUCCACCCCAGCCAGUACUUGCCCCCCCACCAGCUACCCUUUGGGGAAGCACCUCAGGGGGACUUCAGCAAUUCAGUGGGUAUGGUAUCACCAGGAAAUGAGGACAGUGAUGAUUCUGUGUCGCUAAAUAUGGGACUAUCUGUUGGUGCAUCAUCAGCCUCAGACAUGUCGGCUCCCUGCGGGCCAGAUGACUCAGAACAUGGUAGUGAUUUUGACAGUAUGGACGAGCUUCGCCGUGGAGUAACCAUCAUCACCGACUCACAGCAACAGACUGAGGUGUGAUUGAUUGACCAGUGCAGGGAUGCUUUGGGGUGUGUAACGGGCCAGUAGGAGCACAGCAGUGAUGCAGGUAGAAGUUAACUGAAUGUUGUCGCAGGGGAAGAAAUGCUUUGUCAGCAAUGCUGCAUACUGCUGCAAGCAUAAACUAUAACAAUGACUUCAGAUUCACAAAUUUAAAACCACAUUUUACAAAUACUAUUCUCUUAAGCAACUAUGUCAAGAAGUGGAAAUGUGUGGGGGAAAGUUUUACAGUACCAUGAAUAACAAACUUGUUGUGUUUUCAGUCCUGUUCCCACUGUGCAGAAGAGUCAGAAGUGUCCUUCCUGUUCUAAUAGGGAUAUACUUGGAAUGUGAAAAGAAUGGAUAGAGAAUGUGAACGAGAAAGACUCAUCUAGAAAAGACUGAAAUUUACAGAUACAAUUGAGAGAAUUAGAGGAAAACAGAAGGGACAAUCGUGUAAGUUGAAAGCGUUGUAGGUUCCCUGCUCCGUCACAAAGGCCCAUCAGAACACCUCUUUCUGAAAAGACACAACUUACCCUUUUCUUCCUUUCCCCUGAUUUGUAUACUUUGUAGUGCUCUAAGCUUAUAAAGACUUUGUAAAAUACUAUGACCUUGCUGGUAACAUGUAUGAAACAAUGUUAUGACCACAUUUCAAAAAGCCAUUCAUUUGUUUUAUUGUGGAAAGUGCUUGCUCCUAUCCCCCCUGCCCCCAACAGAACUGUCCAUGACAUUUUAUACACCUUCUGUCAUUAGCCCAGAUAUGCAGUGUGUCUUUUUUUUUUUUUACUUUGUUAUGUGUGGCAGCCAUGAGCUGCUGUGGUUGCUAAUGUACAUUUAAAAAGUUUGGAAUGCAGAUAUAAAAAGUAAAUAACAUAUCUGAUUUAAAUUUGGUUAUCAUCCUGUUUAAAGUAGUCUCCUUAUGCAAUGAAACACCGUUUCUAGCGGUCCUUCCACAUUUGCAAUGCUCACUAGAAGUCCUGUUUAUGCUUUAUACCUCUAAUUUUAACACAUUUCACAUUGGAUAUUCUUGGCAGGGGAUGAAUGAUAGUAUAUAUAUGUAUAUACUGUAUAUAUAUAUAUAUAUAUAUAUAUACUAUCAUGACUUUCGCUGCUAGAACAGCGAAAGUCCAGAUUAUGGCUGGAAGCUUGAUUGAUUGCAUUAGCAGAGUCUACAUUCUGCUAAUGGUGAUGGCAUGACUGAGCAUGUUAAGCACGCUUGACGAACCUGAUGUACUGCAGCUAGUGAUGCUCUGCUCAUGCUGCAGUGCACUUGUCUCAUUCCUGCAAGAAGGCAUACAGACACAGAAGGACAAAGAGUGAGAUGGGCUGCGGGCAGGAGGAUUGGAAGCUGAAACUAAGGUCAUGACACUAGAGAAGUCCAGAAAUCACUUCUUUAAAAGAAUCAGAGGUAACACAGAAAAGAAAGGAAGAAAACUACAGAUUAAAAAAAUCUAAAGAUUUUUCCGGGCAAGCCAAAACAUUUGAUGCUAACAUUUUGUUGUUUUUGCUACAGAAUUUUUUCUUCCCCUUAAUACCCAGGAAUAUCCAAUAUGGAAUCCUGCUGAUAAAUUUUCUGGAUAUUUAUGGCAAAAGGGAGUAUCGUCCUGAGAUUUUAAAAAAAAAUUAUAAUAAUAAAAAUUUCAAAAGUAAGCAGUUCAAUACCAAAUCAAAAGAAAAAGCUUCAGCAAUAUUGACAUUUGACUAUUAGCAAAACAGGUUAUAGUGAUUCUAUGACACUGAAUACUGAAUGAAGCAGCUGUUUCAAUUGAGGAUAUGUUCCAUUUUUGUCAAAAUGUCAAAAUAUUUGGUAACUUGUUAUUGACCGGUGCUUUAUUUCUAACUGUCUUGUACAGAAGUUUAAGCAUAAAAAAAACAAACAUUGGUUGUUCUCAUGGAAUAAGUACAUCAGACAAGGGAAGCUCGUUUACUUCCAAAGAACAAAGCAGUGAGGUUCCAAUAAUGUUAUGAUAGAAAACAUAAAAAUGUAUAUUUGCAACCACAGCCACUUUUACCGUUAGUCAUUUCAUUUUAUGGAAUUGUUUUUAUGUUGCACUAGUGAUCUUGUUUUCUUGCACUUGCUAUUGGCAUAUCAUGAUGUAUGUGAUGAAAUGUAAAAAAAAAAAAAAAAAAA